UGUUCCCUUGCAGAUUCCAAAGGAGGAUGUUCCUUUGCAGAUCCAAAAGGAGGUUCCCUUUGCGUUCUCAGGGUAACGCGGAGCGGGAAGCGUCGGUAGCAGGGACUUGGAAGCACCGUGGGCCACAACAGAGGAGAAGCUUUCUUCUUGCAUUCCGAUCGCUUGACCUGCACGUCUUAGACCAGUUUCCUGCGCACGCUACGGAUCUCUCGUACAUCUGCAUGCUGCUCAUCGUCGAAACGGAAAGAGGCAUCAGCGCGCAUUAGACGAAGUUUGCGCUAGUCAGAUCUUGGGAGGUUGCGGUGUGGUGGAGCUAGGGUUUGUGGAGCUACAGCUUGGACAUGGCGCCUGCAAGCCAGCCUCCGAUGAUCCCUGUUACUCAACAAGAUGUGGGUGCGACGCCACGGUCGGGUGCUUUCUGGGUGCUGUAUGGAAAGGCCCAGGAUGCAUUUAAUCUGGCUUUUGCCCAGAAGCGGCCAUGGGCGGAAUUGGUUGAUCGGACGCAGUUGGCGAAGCCGGAGUCGUUCAGCGAUGCUCUCACUCGGGCACGUAAAAAUUGGAUCCACUUCCGCAUCAACUAUUCGCUUGUGUUGGUCGGCAUCGUUGCGUUGAGCUUGGUUUUCAACCCAGUGUCGCUUUUCUUCCUUGCCGCUCUGUUGGCUGCGUGGACGUACCUCUACCUCGUCCGCUCUGAGCCACUAGUUGCGUUCGGCCGAACGUUCAGCGAAAGGGAGGUUCUUCUUGGCAUGAGUCUGUUCACCGUAGCUUUGGUCUUCAUGACCAAUGUCGGUUCUACUCUCAUUUCAGCUCUCGCGAUUGGUGCCGCUAUUUGUUUUCUUCAUGGUGCGUUUCGCGUCCCUGAUGACCUUUUCCUUGACGAGCAAGAAACUACUGGAGGAUUCUUGUCUUUUCUAUCAUCGGGAACUGGAGCUCCGCAAGGAACGUCACAUGUAUAGAUUUUCGCACUCAAUGCAUCAAGGUAUAAAUAUUCUUUUUUAGCGAAUCAUUUUUCUUCUUCGUCAAGCCUCCUUAAUCGUUCAGACUUUCUUAUUCUUUCGUAGUUAAUCCAGAGAAAACCGGUCCAGGGGUUUCAGCAUAUGAUGCAUAAUAGACGCUAGGAUAUUCUUCAUCGGUGUGAAGAUUACUUCACAGCAUGAUUAGUAAACCCUACAUACCAUUGAUCAUGGUUUUAUCUAGUCUAGAUGAGGAUUUAUUGGCACAUGCUCCUUGCAACUUAUUGAAUUGCUGAUUUGGGAGAAGAAACUUGACCCUUGUGUAGAUUUAGAGCAGAUAGGAUGUGCUUUCUAACAAGUUGGAAGAGUUUCCGGUUAGUAAAGCGUUCAUUGAGGUUUAUCCGCUUGAGAUUUUAUUAUAUUGAUAUACGGUCUUGAAUUACAUUCCGUGCUUGACAA